AUGGAAAAUACCGAUGUAUCUGUUCAAAAAGAAGAAUCAACACCAAUUGUUGAAUUAGCAAAAGAAGAUACACCAAAAAUCAAUGGUGAACAAGCAAUCACUGAAGAUACACCAAAAAAAAUCAAUGGUGAACAAACGAUCACUGAAGAAACAUCUUCGAAAUCAAUUGAAGAAGCAGCAUCAAUUGAAACAAAAGAAGGUGAAGUAAUACCACCAAGAAAAUCUACUGAACAAGAAAAUGUUACGGAUACAAAUAUGACUGUACCUCCGACAUGUGUUUCACCUGGUCGUGCAAAUGUACCAUUAAAAGAAGUAAAUGAAAGUGAAAAAGAAGAAUCAUCAGUAGUUAUUACAAAUGGUACUGAAAAUAAUAUUAGUAAAAAACGUGAACUUGAACAAGAGGAUGAACAACCAGAAGAAACUAGCAAUGAUAAUGAUGAAAAAACAAGUGAUCAAACAAAGAAACUUAAAAUAACUGAAGUAAAUGAUACGCCUAUUAUUGAAACAAAAGAAUCAGAAAAAAAUAUGAUUGUUAAUGGUAAUACUGCUGUCGAAGUUUGA